AUGGAGAUAAAGUUACUCGAAGAGAAAAACGAAUUACUUGAGAAGGAACUGUCACACCAGAUUGCUCUUGAACAGACUCGUAAUCAAGGUGCUUUAUUACAAAGUGAAGUUACGACAAAAAUCAAAAAACGCAUGUUGGAUAAAUCGGAUGCACCAUGUGAACAAUCAAAAAGGAGAGUGAAAGCUACUAAUAGAGUUGAAAGUGCAGAACAAUAUUCCAAGUCUUAUGAUCCGGAAGAGUGCGAGGAAGAAUGUAUUAAUGUGGAACCAUACGAAGAAAUUAUAAGUGAUGAACAAAACGUUUCCAAUGAAAUAGAUGAGGGGGAUGAGACCGAAUUUGAAUCAUUGAAUUCUUCACCUCCUUUGUCCGAGAGUGACAAUG